AUGCACGAGGAAGAGGAGCACGAAGCGCAGCCGAGGCCUCGGGUGGUGGCGCUGCUCCCCAACACCAACGAGGGGCGACGCGAUGAAGAAGAGAACUGGGCAGGACGAGGCUGGGGCCUGGACCAAGCGGAGAGGGUCGGGGGCUGGUGGGACAGCGACGCCUGCACCACCGGCAGAGGAGGGGGGCUCGAUCCGGCGUGCGCGCUGGCCGGGGAGGACGUGGGCAGCCACCUGGCAGAGCGGGUGCGUCGGCUCCUGAGCGAGAAGGGCCUACAUGAGGGGAGGGAGGAGGCGCAGGGGGUGAUGACCAUCGGCCAGUACGCGGCCGCGUUCCCGUGGCUCCGGGCCAGCGAGCAGACGCGAGGCGCACGAUGA